AUGGCAGGCCUUACUCUCCCUGUUGUCGGUACCCGGCUCCAGAUCGCUCUGGUACUUCUUAUCGUUGCCCCUUCGUUCAUUCUCUUCGGAUACAAUCAAGCGGUCCUGGGCAGUUUACUCAGCCUCCAAAGUUGGGUCUCUGUAUUUCCAGCCAUCGACACCAUAAACACCUCGGGGGCACAGAAGUCCCAUAACUCAACAUCCCAAGGCGCCUGCAAUGCCUCGUUUCAGAUGGGAUGUCUGAUAGGUGCCCUGUCCCUCUCUCUUUAUAGCGACAAACUCGGACGCCGUAAGACAGUCUUUAUCGGAGCUGCCAUCACCGUCCUCGGUCAGGCUCUACAGGUCUCUGCAACCACAUUGGUUCAGUUGGUCGUUGGCCGAGUUAUCCUAGGGUUCGCUAUCGGCCAAAUCAGCGGCACCGUGCCUGUCUGGCUCUCGGAGUGUGCCUCUCCCAAGUACCGCGGACAGCUCGGUAUCUGUACGGGUAUUUUCAUCAGCACGGGCUACACAUUGUGCAACUGGAUUGAUUUGGGAUUCAGCUAUCUACCCUCUUCUACUGGACAAUGGAGAGCUCCGCUCUCUAUACCCUUUCUCUUCUCAGCAAUGUUACUGGUUUCUGCUUUCACGUUUCCGGAGUCGCCUCGUUGGCUGAUCUCUAGAGGAAGGGUCGAAGAAGCUACUGCAAGUCUCUGUCGGUAUCGAGGAAAGGAUGCGCAUGAUGAGAUGAUUAUGGGCGAGAUAGCCCAUAUUCAGCUUGCUCUAGAGGGCAGUGGGACCAUGUCCGUCCUGGAUAUUUUCGAUCGCAAGGACAAGACGCGUCUGUUGUUGCGAUUUUGGCUCUGCAUGGGGUUAAACUUUUUCCAACAGGCCUGCGGAGGCAACCUCAUAUCCGUCUAUAGUUCCACCAUUUUCCAAAAUUACCUACACAUGACACCCACCAUGUCUAAAGUCCUGGCGUCCUGUGUACUAUCAUGGAAAACGCUCUGCUGUCUAUUAACGUUUUGGACUAUCGACAACUGGGGCCGCCGUCUAUCCUUCAUGGUAAGCGGAGCAGGGAUGUCCAUCUGCAUGGCCGUGCUAGCGGUCACCACCGGCUUGGGCAAAAUCACGCAUGCGAUGGCAAUAGCAUACGUUGCCUUCAUGUUCGUCUUCAACUUCUUCUACCCAAUCGGCUUCAUGGGUGGCAACUUCCUGUACACGGCUGAGAUUGCGCCUGUGCGUCUGCGAGCGGCCAUGUCCUCCCUCGCGACUGCUAAUCACUGGCUAUGGAAUUUGGUGGUUGUUCUGGUUACGCCAGUUGCUAUAGAUACGAUUGGAUGCUGGUACUAUGUGAUCUAUGCGCUUAUAUCUGCGACUAUCCCGGUCUGCGUGUACUUCUUCUAUCCGGAGACGAGGCACCGUAGUUUGGAGAUGCUUGAUCGGGUGUUUGUGGAUGCCCCUUCUAUCUGGCGGAUUGUGCCGAUGGCCAGGGGGUUGCCGCUCGGAGAAGUCGGCACAGCAGAGAGUGGAGAUACACUGCGCGAGGAAAAGAAGGCAGAGGAUAUAGAUGGUAAUGUUGAGAUGCGGGAGUAUGUCUAG